AUGGCUGCAGAUUUUGUAGACGAAUUCUAUUUCUCUCUCCUCUCAAAUGAUGAAGCAACCCAAGAGCUCUUCACCAUCUCAGAUGAGGCAUAUGCAGAUGGCCUGCAACUCCAAGAAGUGGUCUUCUCUUCCAUCACAUCUUCUCUCUCUAGAGGAAAACCCACUUCUCUAUCUAGAACAAGCAAUGAAACACCCAUUAGAAAGAAAGAAAUGGGGUCCUCAUCCUCUGGUUUCUUUUGUGAGAUUUGCAUGGAGUACAAACCCCAUGAAGAAACCUUCUCUAACAAUGGUUGCUCUCAUAGCUACUGCAACGAAUGCGUCGGGUGCCAUAUCGCGUCGAAAUUGCAAGAGAAUUGUGCCAUUAUUGGGUGCCCUCAUCCUUCAUGUAAGCAAGUUAUAGAGAUAGAAAGCUUCAAACCCUUUGUUCCAGAGAGUGUUUUCAAGAGAUGGGCUGAUGCAUUAUCAGAAGCUUCAAUAUUGGGGUUCAACAAAUACUACUGCCCCUUCAAGGACUGUUCUGGGCUUUUGGAGUUUGAUGACGAUACAAAUGGUAAAAUAACUCAGCGUGAAUGCCCUUACUGUAGGAGGAUGUUCUGUGCUAUUUGUAGGGGUAAGGGGGAUGGAGUGGGUAAAAAUGAUAUUUUGUUUGAUAAACUUGCAAAGGGUAAGAAGUGGAAGAGGUGCCCCAACUGUAAGUAUUAUGUGGAGAAGAAUGAAGGUUGUUCUCAUGUCACUUGCAGGUGCCUUUUCAAUUCUGCUAUUGCUGUGGGUCCUCAUGGACAAAUACCCAUCACUGUCCGUAAUUGGAGGAUUUGUGCUCAAAGAAAAGAGAAAAAUGAUAUCGCGUUUUUGGGAUUAAUUAAUUAG